CGUCAAAUCGUCGUUUGAAUAUUUGUUUACAAAAGCAGAUAAGUCGUUUUGAAAAUUUUGUCUUGAAUUUUAAAUUUCACGCGCAACAUUCGAUAACACCUCGUAUAAUAAAUAUAAACACUUUGAUGUUUUCUCAUUUGGUCAGCUCAAACCACAAGAAAAACAAAACAUUUUUUGUAUCUGUAUCCAGUAUUCGUUUGAUAGGGCGAUUUCAAUUGUUGGACAUAUUCACUCAAAUCCAUGUGACAAAAACCGCAAUAGGCCCUCUGUUUUCAUACUUUCAGUAAACAGGAGACCUUUGAUAAAAUUGAAUGGGCUCAUCUGAUUUAUAGCGCUAGAUAAGAAAAACUGUCAAAUCGUUGCUUUUUAUGUUGUCAUCGUGUUGAUUAUUUCAAUUAGGCAUAGUAAUGGAUGUCAAAAGAAAUAAAAGACAUUACUAUGUUGCGAAAGAAUUCUUCCAUUCCAAGUAUGGACAUAAGCGAAAAAAACAAACCGUAGCGUGCAGCUCACAAUUUGAUGAUAAUUCAUCACGUUCCGUGCAACCAACUCAGCCGUUUCCAGAACAUGCCUCAGAAGAUGAAGGUUCACUAUUUGACAAUUCUAGAUAUUCAGAAGAACUAUCAUCUUCGCCUCGUAAUGAUGUACAGGAUAUUAGAGAAGACAGUUCGAAUCGUAACACUUUCGAAGAAUCUGACAGUUUCAUCGAUUCUACCGGAAACAUCUCUACAUCAUCCGGUGGAAAUGGGAACUGUGAGGAAGGAAUCGACUAUGAUUCAGAGCUUGGAAAAAGUACCUGCUUUGAAUUAAAUGAGACGAUUGUUCCCGAUAAAAACAAGAAAAUUAAAUUCGAAUCAUCAGUGACCGUAGGAGAGGCUCAAUUGAUGGUUCUUAAUUAUUUCAUAAGACAUCAUCUUACUCAAAGUGCAUUAGUAGAUUUGCUCCGGAUGUUGAAUGUGAUGGCAGGAUUUAAACUGUUUGCCGAAAGUUUCGAAACGUUUUCUGCCGCGUUUCCCGAUCCAUAUAAUCAUUACCGUAUAUAUUUCUGCACUGAAUGUCAAUAUUGCAUCGGGAAAUGUGCCCCAACUGGAAAUGAUGUUUGUCCCUUGCCUGAUUGUGGAAGCAAAAGUUUCGACUUUUUCAUGACUAUUCCUAUUGAACAACAGGUAAGAGAAACGAUGCUCAAAUAUCAGAAAGAAAUUUCCGAUUAUCAAACAGUAGUUCGUUCAGAAGCUGUCAGUGAUAUAAGUCAAGGCAAAAUCAUCAAACAAAUAUCAGCGAAAGUUCCUGAAAAGCUAAUUACACUAUCAGUUAACACUGAUGGAGCUGCUGCUUAUCGCUGGAGCAUCAAUAAACCCUGCUACCCAAUAUUUCUCACGAUCAAUAACCUCCCACCACGGAUUCGAUUUGACAAAAACAAUUUGUUACUUGCUGCAAUAUGGCUAAGCAAAGGUGAGCCGAACAUACCUUUAUUCUUUAAGGAAUUUUGUAAAGAAAUCAUAGAGUUGAGUAAUGGAAUUAACAUAGGAUCUGAAGUAUAUAAAGUUGUCGUUGUUCAAAACUGUUUGGAUUCCGUGGCUAGACCAAAAUUACAAAACUCGACUCAGUUUAAUGGGAAAUUUGGUUGCUCGCUCUGUUUUCACGAGGGGAAAAUCGUUCUCGGAAAUCAAUUACGUUAUCCUUACAAAAACUCUCGAUGCAGAAAUCACUCUGAGACCAGACGUCAAAUGAUAGAAGCUCACAAGACAGGAAAGCCAAUAAAUGGAAUCAAAGGUCUCUCAGUAUUUCUAUCGAUUCCUUAUUUUGACAUAGUUGCAGGUUUCCCACCCGACUACAUGCAUAGUGUUCUGCUCGGUGUGGUGAGACAAAUUUGGGAGCUCUGCACAGCUUCAGCCAAUCAUGCCAAGCCGUAUUACGUUGGCCAAAAGCUGAAAGAAGUAGAAUAUCGGAUGAUAAACAUUAAAGUGCCUAGUUCUUUUUCUCGUUACCCGGGUAAAAUCGAAGAUAUGAAGAAAAACAAAGCAAGUGACUGGGAAAACAUGUUAUUCCAUUAUUUUUAUCCAUGCAUGAUAGGGCUUCUCCCGCAAGCAUAUUUGAAUAACUUCAUGUUGCUUUCAAGCUGCAUUUACCAAUUAUUAGACGUUUACUUGGCAGAAAAAACUAUCGAUAAGGUCGAAAAUCAAUUAAAGCGAUUUGUUCGUGAUUUUGGGAAGUUGUAUGGAGAAGAAAACAUGGUUUUUAAUGUUCAUAUAUUGACACAUUUGGCGGAAUGUGUUAGAAAUUUUGGAGCGUUAUGGAAUUCAUCGCUCUAUCCAUACGAAAAUGGAAACGGGAUGAUUCUAGGAUUUCGAACAGGCAAUAAUCAUCCUGUAAUACAAAUUACAAAUAAAUACGUUUACAACAGAAUUUGUCAUGACAAAUCAUUGUUCAUCAACCCAAAAAUCAGUUCCUGGCAUGCUGCUUUAUGGCAAACAAAAUCUAUUUUGCAUUUGAAAUUUGACCAAAGACUACUUUUUGAAUUGCCUAAUGAAUUGAUUAUUGACGACAAUAUUUAUGAGAGAGAGUUCAGCUAUCAUUCUAAAUUUACAUUUGAUAACGUUCAGUAUUGUACCAGAGAAGCGUGUAAAAACUUAGCAUACGACGACUCUUAUGUAAAUCUUGAUGGAAACUUUUUUCGCAUAGAAAACGUUUUGACGGAUAAAAAUAACAAAAUCUACAUAAUUGGAUUCAAACUCUUAACAGCUAAGAUAAGUGUAAAUAUGUAUUCAUAUAAAGAAACCAACCAAUGUUAUCUUAAGCAAGUUACCAAAAACAUUCGAAUUUGUGUCAACACAGAAGUCCAAAAUGAGUCUUGUAAAACAAAUUAUGUUUCGUCGUGUAAACCGAACACACAAGUAAACUAGGGACAAUAUUGUAAUUGAGUCACUUGUUUGUUCCUUUGUAAGUAAUAAAUACUAAAAAAACA